AUGGACCCCAGCAAAGAGGGACUCUUGGGCGACAAGUCCCGCCGCUCAUAUGAUGGAGAAUCCGACGACGGUUCCGACAUGGAUGCCACUGAGUACUUGGAGCGAAAUGAACGGAAGCAGGAGUCAAGAUUGCGCAAGCCCGCUUUCCUUUCGGUCAAGCCGAGGGGCUGUAUCGCGGCAUUCAGAAGGCUCUUCCAGGGACGCUCGAAGCUAUGCCUGCUCAUCACCGCCGUCGUCUUCAUCAUGUGGGUCUUGAUCAGCGCUGGAGGAGCUGUCAUGUACAAGAAGUUCAAGGGCGCGCCGCCUGUCGGCCUCUCACCACCGUGGUAUCCGACUCCAAAAGGUGGCAUAUCCAAGAACUGGGCCGAGAGCUACAAGAAAGCCUCAGAAAUGGUCGCCAAGAUGACGUUGCCUGAGAAGGUCAACAUUACAACAGGAACUGGCUGGAUGAUGGGUCUCGCGGUCGGCACGACCGGCCCUGCCGUUCACGUCGGCUUUCCACAACUUCAAUUACAGGAUGGUCCGCUUGGUAUUCGCUUUGCCGACAAUGCGACCGCGUUCCCUGCUGGCGUCACUGUGGGCGCCACCUGGAAUAAAGAAUUGAUGUAUCAGCGAGGCAAGGCGCAUGGACAAGAGGCGCGAGGCAAGGGGAUCAACGUGCUCCUCGGACCCUGCGUUGGCCCCCUUGGCCGCCUGCCUGCCGGUGGCCGCAACUGGGAGGGGUUUGGCGCUGACCCAUACCUGUCAGGAAUCGCUGCCGCCGAGACGAUCAAGGGCAUCCAGGAAGAGGGAGUAAUGGCUACCAUCAAGCACUUUGUCGCCAAUGAGCAGGAGCAUUUCCGCCAAAGCUGGGAAUGGGGAUUGCCCAACGCCAUCUCUAGCAACAUCGACGAUCGAGCCAUGCACGAACUGUACGCCUGGCCAUUCCUCGAUGCCGUCAAGGCCGGCGUCGCCAGUGUCAUGUGCUCUUACAACCAGGUCAACAAUUCGUAUGCUUGCGACAACUCCAAGCUCCUCAACGGUAUCCUGAAAGACGAGAUGGGCUUCCAAGGGUUCGUAAUGAGCGACUGGCUUGCACAACGUUCCGGUGUCGGCAGCGCCCUCGCAGGUUUGGACAUGACAAUGCCUGGUGAUGGUCUGUUUUGGCAGAAUGGCAAGUCUCUUUGGGGCCCCGAACUUACUCGGGCCGUCCUCAACGGAUCCGUUCCCGUCGAGAGAUUGGAUGACAUGGCAGUUCGUAUCGUUGCCUCUUGGUACAAACUGGGACAGGACGAUAAGAAACUCUAUCCGGAUGAGCUUCCCAACUUUUCCUCCUGGACCAAUGACAAGAUGGGCAAGCUCGCUCCCGGUAGCAAGACACCCCAACCAGAGUUAGAGGUCAACAAGUAUGUCAACGUGCAGGGAAAUCACUCCGAUAUUGCCCGUCGUGUUGCUGCUGAGGGCACAGUCUUGCUCAAGAAUAAAGACGUGUUGCCAAUCAGCAGGGACGGCUUCAUCGAUGCGAAGCGCAAGCGCCACGAGGGCAAGUUGAAGAUUGGUAUUUUUGGCGAGGACGCGGGCCCAGGCAAUGGACCUAACUAUUGCGCCGAUCGCGGUUGCAAUCAGGGAACACUGGGUUCGGGCUGGGGUAGUGGUGCUGUGGAAUUCCCGUACCUUGUCACUCCUGUUGAAGCCUUGAAGAAGGGCUUCAAGUCUGAGAAGGUUGAACUAUCCGAGUAUCUCACAAACUCGCCCCCGUUCCAGAAGGACCCCUCUAUCCUGCACAAUCAAGACGUCUGCAUUGUAUUCGCCAACGCAGACUCGGGAGAAGGUUUCCUGGCGUGGGGAGGCAUUGGCGGAGAUCGAAACGAUCUCAAGUUGCAAAACGGAGGGGACGACUUGAUCCUUCUAGUCGCCGAUAAUUGUGGCAAGGGUGAAGGCAAUUUAGCAGGCGGUGACACCAUCGUUGUCAUUCAUUCUGUCGGACCUGUCGAGAUGGAACGCUGGAUUGAGCACCCUGGCGUCAAGGUAGUUCUCUACGCGAAUCUCCCGGGAGAAGAGAGCGGAAAUGCGCUUGCGGACGUCAUCUUCGGCGACGUCAACCCUAGUGGCAAGCUGCCGUAUACUAUCCCCAAGUCUUUGAAGGAUUUUGGACCUGCCGGGCAGAUCUUGUAUCUGCCCAACGGCGUGGUGCCUCAACAGGACUUCUCCGAAGGACUUUACAUUGACUACCGACACUUUGACAAGAACAACAUUGAACCCCGGUUCGAAUUUGGAUUCGGCCUGUCAUACACGAGCUUCGAAUUCUCCAACGUUGUCGUUGAGGGUCUCAAGGAAAAGACCGCACUUCCCCCACCUCGCCCAUCGCCUGGUGCGGAGCCACCAAAAUUUAGCGAAAAGAUUCCCGAUAAGAAGGUGGCCUUGUUCCCGGAAGGGUUCCGCAAGCUUGAGAAAUACGUAUAUCCGUACUUGGAUACUGUGGAUGACAUCUCCUCGGACCCGUAUCCUUACCCAGACGGAUAUGAGGUGAAGCAACCCCUUUCUCAGGCCGGUGGCGAGGAAGGCGGUAACCCCGACCUGUGGGAGACGUAUGUUACCGUAAAGGCGGACGUGACCAACACCGGCGCUGUUUCUGGCAAGGUCGUGCCCCAGCUCUACAUGUCGUACCCGAAGAACGUGCACGGCGUGGACUUCCCGGUCAAGGUGCUCCGUGGAUUUGACAAGUUCAACUUGGACAAGGGCGAGAAGAAAACGGUCACGUUCAACCUGACACGGCGCGACCUCAGCUACUGGGACGUGCGGCAACAAAACUGGGCGAUGAUUACCUUUGGAGAGUAUUCGUUCCUCGUUGGCGAGAGCUCGAGGCAGCUGACUCAAGUGGGCAGUUGGUAG